GUUCGAUAGUCGAUCUAUUUUUGACGUCUUUGUCAAUUAGUUAUCUACACAGCCUCUGUUCCCUACAUAGCCCCCACGACGUCACCCACCAUCAAUGAAGCUCAUAAUCAUCCAAGCGAGCCUUGUCUCGCAGACACAUAACUCUCCCCUCCUUUCUCAACUUAUCCAAAAACUUCUCUACACCUGGCUACCGUUACGUUUGUUCGACUUGCGCCAUGCCCGUUACUAACCCGAUCAACAGGAAACUAGUCAUUAUUGGCGAUGGAGCUUGCGGCAAGACCUCUUUAUUGAGUGUCUUCACAUUGGGAUAUUUCCCAACUCACUACAUCCCGACCGUGUUUGAGAACUAUGUCACAGAUUGUAGGGUAGACGGCAAGUCGGUACAACUAGCAUUAUGGGAUACAGCAGGCCAGGAAGACUACGAACGUUUGCGACCGCUCGCGUACUCGAAAGCGCAUGUGCUACUAAUAGGAUUCUCGAUUGAAUCACCGGAUUCGCUCGAUAACGUGAAGCACAAGUGGAUAGAAGAAGCGACCGAGCGAUGCCCCGAUGUUCCCAUCAUCCUAGUAGGCCUGAAAAAAGAUCUGCGGGAUGACCCCGUCGCAGUCGAAGAGAUGCGCAAGAAAAGCCUGAAAUUUGUGACCGAGCGACAGGGGGACCAGGCCGCGCAAGAGAUCGGCGCGCGCAAGUACCUCGAGUGCUCCAGUCUUAGCGGCGAGGGUGUCGACGAUGUCUUCGAAGCUGCUACUCGUGCGGCCCUACUCAUCUUCGAAAAGGGUGAAGGCGGCGGGUGCUGUGUCAUAUUAUGAGCGUACCUAGACACGCGGAUCGAUCGGGCCGGCCACGAUGGCGCCAAAGAAAAAGACCCCCCCAAACCGAGGGCAAACUGCAUAUAACUAUAAAAUGGGAACGAAACGAACGACUUUCUCCCCGGGGAUAAUCAAAAAAUUGG